CCCCGCUCCGCCAUCAUGAAGUCCCGAACACAAAGCGUAUGAGACAGGAAAAGAAAAACAGGAAUGGACCUGUCGGUGACAGAAAGACACACCAAACGCGUGACACCGACGGCAUGACAAACCAUGAGGAAAGUGCCACCGGUGGCGGCGGAAUAUCGGGCUGUGAUUGAAAGUGUUCACCCGCUUUGCUUGACAAUCAGCUGAUUGUGUCCGUGAACGGUAACGGCAGUAUUAUUUAUUUAAAAACGGACUGAUUUCUGUGCUGUGACCACGACCAUACUUUAGAAAUAGAUGGGUCGCUAUUCAAAUCGAUGAGGUCGGUUCGUGUCAAGUGAGAACGGCCAGAUCUUCCACAGCAGGCCGGAGAGAGCGAGUUAUCUCGUGGAUCCCAUUAACCACGGCGCUGGCCAUGCCAUCAACUGUGCGGGCUGGGAGUCUGAAGGACCCGGAGGUGGCGGAACUUUUUUACAAGGAAGAUCCGGAAAAACUCUUCACAGACCUGCGCGAGAUCGGUCAUGGCAGCUUUGGAGCCGUCUACUUUGCCCAUGACAUCCGCACCAAUGAGGUGGUGGCCAUCAAGAAGAUGUCUUACAGUGGCAAGCAGUCUAAUGAGAAAUGGCAGGAUAUCAUCAAAGAGGUGAAGUUCCUUCAAAAGCUGCGGCACCCCAACACAGUGGAGUAUAGAGGCUGCUACCUGCGAGAGCACACAGCAUGGCUGGUGAUGGAAUAUUGUUUGGGUUCGGCCUCAGAUCUGCUGGAAGUGCACAAGAAGCCAUUGCAGGAAAUGGAGAUAGCAGCAAUUACCCAUGGUGCACUGCAGGGCUUGGUGUACCUCCACUCUCACAACAUGAUUCACAGGGACGUGAAAGCAGGUAACAUCUUGCUGACAGAGCCUGGCCAGGUCAAACUGGGAGACUUUGGUUCUGCCUCCAUUGUUGCUCCUGCCAACUCCUUUGUGGGUACACCUUACUGGAUGGCGCCAGAGGUAAUCCUUGCCAUGGAUGAAGGACAAUACGAUGGGAAGGUUGACGUGUGGUCACUUGGCAUCACCUGCAUAGAGCUUGCGGAGAGAAAGCCUCCCUUGUUUAACAUGAAUGCAAUGAGUGCCUUAUACCACAUCGCCCAGAACGAGAGCCCAGUCCUGCAGUCCAAUCACUGGUCGGAUUAUUUUCGUAACUUCGUAGACUCUUGUCUGCAGAAGAUUGCCCAGGACAGACCUACCUCUGAUGUGCUGCUUAAACAUCACUUCCUGUGUCGUGAGCGCCCAGUGACAGUGGUGAUGGAUCUGAUAGCACGCACUAAAGAUGCCGUGAGGGAGUUAGAUAACCUGCAAUAUCGAAAGAUGAAGAAGAUACUCUUCCAUGAAACGCACAAUGGGCCUGCUACUGAGGGCACAGAGGAAGAAGAGGAUGUAGAACAUUACAUGUUGCGAACGGGAACAGUGAACAGCAUGGAGAGCUCCCAUUCACUGCCGUCCAUGUCAAUCAGUGCCAGCUCCCAGAGUUCUUCAGUGAACAGCUUGGCUGACGGUUCAGAUGACAGUGGAGAGAUGGCUAUGAUGCAGGAGGGCGAGCAUACUGUCACGUCCAACAGCUCUGUGCUGCACAAACCUCUGAACCACGAUAAUAUUUAUGAUGACCCCUACCAGCCAGAGGUGGACUCCCAGCUGCUGGGCCCUUCUGGGGGUCGCCGACGCAGAGGACGGGACCAUUUUGCCACCAUCCGCACGGCCUCUUUGGUGACCCGUCAGAUCCAGGAACAUGAGCAGGGCUCAGCGCUGAGAGAGCAAAUGUCCGGGUACAAGCGAAUGAGGAGGCAGCAUCAGAAACAACUGAUGGCUCUAGAGAACAAGCUGAAGGCUGAGAUGGAUGAACAUCAGCUCAGGCUUGACAAAGAACUGGAGACACAGAGGAACAACUUCAGCAGUGAAGCAGACAAGCUUAGCAAGAAGCACCAGGCCAUCCUGGAGAAAGAGACUAAGGGCACUCUUGCAGAAGAAAAGAAGUUUCAGCAGCAUAUUUUGGGCCAGCAGAAGAAGGAGUUGACCAGUCUAAUUGAGUCUCAGAAACGCCAGUAUAGACAGCGAAAAGAGCAGCUUAAAGAGGAACUGAAUGAGAACCAGUCCACACCAAAGCGAGAAAAGCAAGAGUGGCUGGUUCAACAGAAGGAGUGUCUUCAGCAGAUCCAGGCAGAGGAAGAGGCAGGGUUACUACGACGACAGAGGCAAUACUUCGAGCUGCAGUGUCGUCAAUACAAGAGGAAGAUGCUGCUAGCCCGCCACAAUCUGGAGCAAGACCUACUCAGAGAGGACCUGAACAAGAAACAGACUUUAAAGGAUCUGGAAUGUGCCAUGUUGCUCCGACACCAUGAGUCCACCCAGGAGCUGGAGUUUCGGCAGUUGGCCCUGGUGCAGCGCACACGUGCAGACCUGAUCAGGACACAGCACCAGACCGAACUCACCAACCAGAUGGAGUACAACAAACGGCGCGAACAAGAACUACGGCAGAAACACGCCGUAGAAGUCCGUCAGCAGCCCAAGAGCCUGCGAGUGAGUGAUUGUGACAUGACAGAAGGAGAGGGCCCUCUUAGAGAAGGGGAGGAGACUAUUGAUGAGGAGGGGCUUUUUAUUGAAGGGGUGGGGCCAGAGGAACCGCUGGAUGAUGGAGAAAAUAUAGAUGGAGAUGAAAGGCAGCUGGUAGGUGCUAUUGCAGAGAUAGCAGAAGAAGAGGACAGAGAAGUUCUUGAAGGAAACAAAACUUUGAGUGAUGACACUGAGGAGAUGAUUACUGAGCAGAUGAUUACUGAGCAAUGUGAAAAUAUAGAUAGUAAAGAGAAAGUGGAGGCAGCUUCAGCUAACAAUGCCAUAGAAGAAAGUGCAGAAGAACAAAAUGAGAUCAUGUUAGAAAGGGAAUCUAGGUCCAGAAAUGAGGACCAGGCUGACAUAGACACAGGAAGUGAUCCAAGACAAGUAGAAUGCCAUCCAUGGGAAGUUGACGAUGACGGCAGCGAGUCUGAGAAUGAAGAGGAUAGGGGUGUGGCUGACGGCUGCCCGUCAGAGCUAAUACUCAAUCCAUUGUUUGAGCGCCACCAUCGAGAGCGUGAUAUGGACGAACUCUCUGAGUUUUACUUCCCCGAUACUUUAGAGGAGCUGGAACCUCCGCCCGUCUACACCCCUACCUCCCCAUCCUCUUCCUCCCAGCCUUCCCUUACCUCCAUCUUUUCCCAUGCAAUUUGUAUCGUUCUUUCACUCUCAGCUGCUGUGCAGCCGUCUGUCCUCACCCUCCUUUUCCUUUCCAUUUUUCUACUCUCUCUGCGACGUUCCCCUCCCCUUCCAUCGCUUGCUUCUAUCCUACUCUCUGGCGAGCUUGCCUUCCUUGCCCUCUUCUUUUCUUACUUGUUCCUGCGAUCCUGUUGCUCGCUCUCAUUUUCCAGGUACCUUUCCUUAAUUUAUUGGGGCUCUGGCCUUUUCAGUGUAGGUCUGUCAUUAAGCCUAGGACUCUAUUAUGUCCCUGUAGCUCUGGUCUCGGCAUCCUUCCUCAGCUCUCCUUCCCUGUUCCUCUCCCUUUACCUCGUAGUGGUGCUGGUCAUCCGCCCGGCUAGGGUCUUCCUCCAAAACUUCCCACGCAAACUCAAUCGCCUCUGGAUGCGAGUUCUUUUCCGCCUGCCAAAGCCACUCUUCACUGUGUGCCAGUCUCUCCUGGGAGGUCUAACUGAGCGCAACCUCUACGACAUGUUCCCCAAAGCGGGCCGCAACUGGGGCGGGCGGCAGUCCAGAAUCCCUGUGCCUUUAAAGAGCCUUUCUGCAAAGUAUCAGGCCAAAAGCAAAUACUCUGUCCUGCUUUCGCGCUGUCUGCUUUUGGGCAGGCGGUUCAUCAGGCGACCGUUAGGCACUCUGACAGACCUGGCUAACACUUUGGUGCUGUGUUUAGCCAAGCACAUAUUGAGAGAACUGCCGAAGAAUUACCUGGAAAGGCUGCAAGUUUUUGGUUUGUUGCACAAAGAGAAACCCAGCAAUCUGCCAAGACUCUUGUCUAGAGCUGUGAGGGAACAUAGACGUAGGAUAAGGGAGAGAAGAGAGAAGGAGAGGAGGAGAAGGGAGGAAAGGGAGAGGAUGUACAGGGAAGUGGGGAGGUGGGAAAAUGUUUUGAGAAGGACGGCUUCAGGGAGGAGUUUGAGAGGAAAGAUGGUGCCAUGGAGAUAGAUGGCGAUAUAGGGAGGAAGGUGGUAGUGCAAAACUAUUGUGUAUUAUUUGCCCUUUAGGUGAGCAUGCACAUUCCAUUCAUCCAUCCCAUUCAUCCAUCCCUUUUGUGUUUUAUAUUUAAUUUUUCUUCAACCCCCCCUGAUUGGUGUGAUUUCUUUUUGCUCAAAUGCACUUUUUUUUUUUACCUGUUUUUACAGGGAGAUACUCAGUCCACAUUAAUGUACGGUUUUAAUUUAAAUCACUCAUUUACGAUUAUCAGUGAAUGUGAAGCUUAGUCGAUGAUGUGCUUUUUGUAAAAGUUUCUGAGUUGUAUUUUUUUACUUUAUAGUUAUUUUAUUCUCAGAUAGCAAGAGCUAUUUGUGUUAUGGUGAUUGUUGAGGCCAUGAAGGGAGUCAGUGAUUUUUUUUUUUUUUGUGAUAUUGCUAAGCCAGGGCUAAUUUCAAAAUGUCUCUGUGAUAAUGACCAUAUCCACAAUGAUUAAGCCAUGAUUGCAUGUGUUUAAUACAAAAUGUACUGCACCUGCUGUGAAAGUAGAUUAUAAUAUAAAGCUUGACACUACAAAUCUUUCCCCAAAGAACUACAAGCCUAUUUUAACAAAAAGUGCAAUAGAAGUUCCUCAGUAAUGUGCCAGUUUUCUACUUAAUUUUUAUUUUCAAUGAUGUCUUAAGUGUAUAAAAGUUUUUAUUUUGAAAUAGAAACUAUACUGCAUAUUGUCACAAAAUCAGUGUUUGAUAGGAUUUCAAAAGCUUCAGAACAAAAAAAUAAACCCAAAAGUCCUAUUCAAAUGUGUGGGGGGAAAAAACAGUCCUCAGGACCAAAGGCGGGACCAAAUAAAUGGCAAAUAUCUGGGAAGCAAUCAAAUGCCCCAAAGAUAUUAUGAAAAAAAAAUGGUGUCCUUUACAAAUUAAAACAACACAUGUCAUGAAACAAGAACUGAGGAUAGUUAAACUGUUAAACUCUCAACAAAAGAUCUGUAUACCACUUUAUCUGGAGUUUUCCCCUCUGUUAGUUGGAUGAGCAAUCCUAAAUGCUGUUAAUACAGGUUUUCCACUUUAGCAGUGAACUAUAUUGAAUGUUAUUUUAAACAUUAAUCUCCUAUGUGAAAUUUACUCCAAAACUUGGGUGAACUGUUAUGAAUAUAAUAUAUGAUAUAUGCAAUUUUAUUGAGGUUUACAAAUGUUUUCUUUUUUUUAUAAAAAUCGUCUCUUGUAUUGUAUUACUAUAUAGUUGAUGUACUUGUGUGGUACUUCAAAAUGUAUAUUAUUGAGAUAGUUAUGUCUUUUUAGCAUCCAGCAUAUCAGUUUUACUCAAUUAAUGAGGAAAUGUAUUGGUAGACUGGUGGGCUAGGACUUAUACACUGAUCAGCCACAACAUUAAAACCACCUGCAUAAUAUUGUGUAGGUCCCCCUCGUGCUGCCAAAACAGCGCCAGCCCACAUCUCAGAAUAGCUUUCUGAGAUUAUAUUCUUCUCCCCACAAUUGCACAGAGCGUUUAUCUGAGUGGAUACAAAUGGGCAAGGAGGUGGGAACUGGCUGAAGAGUCAACAGAAGGUUUUUUUUUGGGGGGGGUGAGCAAACACUUUAUAAUUGAAACUUGAAACUAUUUUUUUAUUAUUAUUGUAGUAUGUGUAAAAAAAAGUCUACCUUUUUGAAAAUAAAAUAAAUGUAAUAAAUAAGAAAGCUAACAGAUUUAUAAUAAUAAACCAAACUAUAAACAUGAUAAAAAAAUAGCAUUAUUAAUAAUGAACAUAUACUGUAGGUGCACGACAGUGCCAGACUGCUCCUGUCUGUCCCUUUAACUCUGUCCCAGUUGGUUCUCAACUGGUUUUGCUUCAGGACAGAUUUUACAUUGGAAAUCAAGUGGCGACCCACCAUAGUGGGUAACAUAACCUGUAUUUAAUGUACCCAUGGUCGCAUUUCCAUUUAUGUUGCAUAGUUUUGUUCAUGGUUUUCAAGUACAAGUACAUGCAUCAAGUGACAUUAUAUUUGUUGUUGACAUCAACAACAUAAUUGACAGUAAAUUUUCUCUCCGCCUUUUAAAAAUUGAAGAGCAUAUUUCUUUAUAUGAGCCCAUUAUUAUCCCGUUUAUUUCCUAAUUUCAAACAUCAUUCAAACAGAACACACAUAUUACACAGGAGGAAAGGCUCCUUGUUACCAUGGUUAUUGCACUAGGGGCAAUGAUCUGAUCAUGUUUACCUUGUAAACAAGUGUUUGUUUGGUCAUAUCACUAUGAGGGGUUUAGCCUGUUUAGAUCAGCAUAUGUAAACCUCAUAUUCAUAGCGUAGCCCUUUAUGCGUGGAACUCCUAAAUUAUAUUUGUUGUACUCCUAUCUACUCAAAGUCUAUUGUGAGAAACCGUUAUGACAAUCAUCUUAACUUAAAACAACUUAAGUAUGGACAAGAAGUAUACAAAUUUACAACCAAAGUUUAGAAUGGGAUGACAACAAGAAAUAAAAUAGGUUGAUGGUUGGGAUUUAUAUAGAAAAAAGCUGGCAUUGCUCUGAAAUUGUCUAUACUGUAUUUGCAAAAACAUACUAAAAUGUCUUCAUAGAAAGCUCAAGAUUGUCAAAGGGACUAUUUGGAUACUAGAAUGGAAAUUAGACCUUCUUUUCAGCAAUGAAUAUUUCUGGUAAAUUCAGUAUCUUGACCAAAAAACAAACAAAGUGAUUUGCAUUUCAGUUGUAACAAUAUGUAAUCCAGCUUUUGGCAAUGCACAAAUUGAAGUUAUCCACUUUACUUUAAUUUUUGUCUUAUUUAUCAUUGUUUACCUGUGUUGUUUUAUGAUCUUUUAUCAGUUAUUAUUUGUGGAAUGUUUGUGGUAUUUUGUUGCUUUGCGCCAUCUGUGUCAAGGCCAUUGUUUGUGCAUUUCAUCCUCAUUUUGUGUUUGUGCGUGAACGGAUGUUUACUUAAAGAUUUCUGUUAUAUGUAUCUGAAAUAAAUUUUCUUUGUUAUAA